AAGCUUUAGAGUAAGCAAUAUAUUGUGUAUAAUUUAUUAUAUUGAAUACAAUUGACAGCAUACAUUAGCUUAUUUUCCUUAUGAUAAUGAUUUACAGGAAAGUCUGGGUACAAAACUCUGAUCCAUAUCCCAUUAGCUUGACUCUCCAAAAAAUACAAGAAAUGCUGAAUGAGGAGUUGGCCAUGGAUCGAGAUUGUUUCAACUUGGUCGUGCGGAAAAUUAUGUUUGACGACAUCCAAAUGGUAAAGAAAAGGAGAGGAGUCAUAACAAAGCAUUACCUUGACAUAAAAUUCUGGAUGAUUACUGAUUUUGGAAGACAUCCAGACUACCGCAAAAAGUUAGAUGUGGAACAACUAGCAUAUUCCGUUCGUAGCUGGCCUGGUAUCAAGUAUAGUGUUUCAUCAUGCAAAUCGAUUCAUAUUCCAAUACAAUCUGGCCGUGAUUUUAUUCUAUUCAUACUGGACAAAGAUACCAGAACUGUCUACAUUUUGGACCCUACUCCUAUUGAUCCCAUCUACCAGCGCAACCCACACGCAAAAUAUAUGCACCGACUUUUAUGGAUUGCUGAAAACUUGCCCAAAGCCAUGUCAAGGGCAUGCCCUGGAUCUAUAUGGAACGAGAAUAUUUUCCUAUGGCAGCAAAAAGUAGUACAUGGUAUUUCAGGUUAUAAAAGGGAGCUCUCUGGUUUUUUUGUUACCCUCUUCAUGUCCACAUGGGAAGAAGGAAAAGUUAAUUUGCCAUUUUUAAAGGACGGAUACGAACUCAGGAAACAAAUUAUGGGGAAUCUUCUAACAAUGAAGGAUAAUGAAUGUCAAGACAACAUGCACACUGGUGUCCUGGAUUUCAUCAGUUUUAUUAGGAAGAUCCAAGACAACAGAAUCUGAAGACAUGACAAUCAAAGGGCAACCAAUACCUAAAAGAAGCUGCAUUUCAAACUCCGUCUCAAGCUGUUGCCCCUCAAUUGUCACCACGCACUUAGAGGCUUCCACAGUCCUAUAUUUUAUUUUUUCAAAUUUUCGGUGAACAACAUAGGUUUAGCCAGUAGCGAUGUUUUGAUUCUUGUCCGAAACAUGGAACUUGCUUCAAAGUGAGUUAUUGUGGCACAAUGCUAUCUUUAAAAUUAAUUCCUUAC